AUGGCAAAAAUAAUCAAAAUCUUGUUCUUUUCUUUUCUUUUCCUUUCAAGUGCAUUUCUCACAAUAUCUCUAGAAGUUGAUCAAAUGAAUGAUGAGUUUAGUUACGAUCAAAACGCAAAGAAUGGACCAUCUAAAUGGGGGGAAAUCUCGAGUUACUGCAAUGGAAAUUUACAGUCUCCAAUUGAUUUUGAUAACAAAGUGGUUGAAGUUGUAUCAAAUUUAGGAAUUCUUCAAAAAUACUACAAACCAUCCAAUGCCACUCUUGUGAAUAGAGGACAUAAUAUCAUGUUGAGAUGGGAUGGUGAUUCAGGAUACUUGAAGAUAAAUGAAACUCAAUAUCAACUUCAACAAAUUCAUUGGCAUACACCUUCCGAACAUAGUAUCAAUGGGAAAAGGUAUGAUAUGGAGGCUCAUUUGGUACAUAUGAGCAGUGAUAGAAAAACUGCUGUCAUUGGAAUCCUCUACGAAAUUGGAUCAUUGCCUGAUGAUCUCCUAACCAUACUAGAAGGUGAUUUAAAAGCUGUUGCUGAUAAAAGAGGUGCAGAAAAAGGCAUGGGAAUAAUUGAUCCAAAUAUAAUAAAAUUGGACGACAAUAUAUAUUAUAGAUAUAUUGGCUCCCUAACUACUCCACCUUGCACUGAAGGUCUUGUUUGGACUAUUGAUGGAAAGGUUAAUAGUGUAACGGCAAGACAAAUAAAACUGCUCCAAGAUGCUGCUGUUAACGUGAGUUACUACCCCAAAAUUAUUUAUUUAUUUCUUAGCAAAAUUUUGUUUCUAUAUUUUUUCAAGCGUAAUCCAUGCCAAAACAUAGUUUUAUUUUUUCCGAUACUAUUUUUCAAUUUACCUUCAAAAUGCUAUUUAUUUAAUCAUAUAUAUUAUUCAAUUGAAGUCCAAGCGCCUAUUAAAUUUUCUUUUUACUAUUAAAAUUUGUGCAACUACAAAAAAGUGGUUCAUCAAGUUUUUUUUUAAAGAAUCUACUUAUACUUAACGU